UCCAUGGCAUUCAGGACAUCCCUUUUUGUUGCCGUUUCGGUUUGGUGUUUGGUCGUGGAGAGUGGCGCCGCCAUUCACUUCUCGGAUCUGAAGGAGAGUCUUGUCGUCACAGCUUCACCUAAAUCGGGACAAGUUCUAAAAGCCGGAGAGGACAAAAUAACGGUGACUUGGUCACUCAACACUACAUUUCCAAAUGGAGCCGACUCGGACUACAAGACAGUGAAGGUGAAGCUCUGCUACGCCCCGAUCAGCCAGGAGGAACGUGGCUGGAGGAAAACACAAAACGAAUUAAAAAAGGACAAGACAUGCCAACACCUGAUUGCUUCACGACCAUAUGCUCCUUCGAACAACAAUGUUACCUGGAUAGUGAAGAGGGAUUGCCCGGGAGCUACAUAUUUCGUCCGGGCUUAUGUUCUUAACUCAGCCGAGCAUGAGGUAGCCUUUGGACAAACCACGGAUUCCAAGAAGACCACAAACUUGUUCGAAAUCCAGGCAAUCACGGGCCGCCAUCUGUCACUUGACAUUGCGUCCAUCUGCUUCUCGGCAUUCUCCGUGGUGUCGCUGUUCUUCUUCUUCUUCUUGGAGAAAAUCCGGAACAAGACUAAGUGAUUUCAUCAGCUGAACAAAUCAUUCUUGUCCCUUUUUCAUACGUUAUGAUGCAUACGUCUAAAUGUGCAAGUUAAGUCUCCAUGGGAAUGCUGUGUAAGGUUGGUUGGUGUGUCUACGCUUUCGGUAACAUGUUAAACAAACUGGUUUUUAAUUUUUCAA